AUGUUUAGAAUCACCAUAACAUCAAAUGAUCUUCCAAAGUUCAUCGUCCACCACCUUGGUCCCUUUGUGCCAGUACUUCUUUGCUUAACCCUAACAGUACUUGUGCUCUCAAAAAUCUUCAAGUCAAAACCUUCAUCACGCAAGGUUUUCUUAUUAGAUUUUGCAUGUUACAAGCCUCCAGCCAGACAAAUGUGGAGCAAAGAAUUCACAAUAGCAAGAGCUAGGCAACACACCAACUUGUCAGAGGAAACUUUUGCGUUCAUGGAAAAAUUGUUAGAGAAAUCAGGGAUAGGUCCGUCCACCUACUUGCCAGAGGCAUUUAGACGCGACCCACCAAACGAAUGUCUUGAAGAGGCUAGGAAAGAGAGCGAGAUGGUGAUAUUUGGUGCCGUGGACGAGUUAUUGGCAAAGACUGGAGUGGAGGGUAAGGAUAUAGGGAUAUUGAUAGUAAAUUGUUGUGUUUUUGAUGUCGUGCCAUCUCUUUCUACCAUGGUAGUUAACAGGUAUAAACUAGGAGAUAAGGUGGUGAGCUAUAAUCUUAGCGGGAUGGGCUGCAGUGCUGGACUCGCAGCUAUAGGCCUUGCCAAACAGUUGCUUCAGGUACGCAGCAUUCCCUAUGCUCUGGUGGUCAGCACCGAGAACAUCACCGAAAACCGUUACCGGGGUGAGGAUCGUUCUAUGAUCGUGACCAACUGCUUAUUCCGUGUUGGUGGGGCAGCCAUUCUCCUCUCAAACAAGCCAUCGGAUCGCCAUGCGGCCAAGUAUCAGCUCAUCCACACCGUCCAAACCAACACAAUUGCUUCCGACUCGUCCUACAACUGCAUUACACGUGCGGAGGACUCAGAAGGACUCGUGGGCGUGACAAUCACCAAAGAUCUCCUUCCCGUAGCAACCAAGACCAUUGAAGCGAACUUCACCACACUAGGCCACCUAGUCCUUCCCAUAUCAGAAAAGAUCCUAUUUAUCACAAAUUACAUUGCGAGGCAUUUCCUUGCGGCAAAGAUCAAACCCUACGUCCCUGAUUUCAUGAAGGCCAUCGACCAUGUCAUCACUCACGUUGGUGGCAAACCAGUGCUCGAUCAAGUGGAGAGAAGCCUAAAGUUAAGUAAUAUUGACAUGGAAGCUUCAAGAAUGGCUUUGUACAGGUUUGGUAACACUUCUUCCAGUUCAGUGUGGUAUGCGCUGGCAUAUGCUGAGGCUAAGAGCAGGAUUAAGAAAGGUGAUCGUGUGUGGCAGAUUGCAUUUGGGUCUGGGUUCAAGUGUAAUAGCUUGAUCCUAAAAGCGAUGAGGGCAGUUGACCGUGAAGAAAUGAAUCCCUGGAGUGAUGAGAUUGAUGGGUUUCCCGUCGACCUGAAGAGCGUUGAUGGGCCCUUUCCAUAUGACUUUAAACCGUCCGAAUAG